AUUUUUGUUGAGAUCUAAUCCAACACGAAGCGAGCACCUCCCUUGGCUCGCUUUCUUCUUCCUGCCGGAAUCGAAUAGUUGAAUCCGACCAAACAAACCACUUCCAUCGCAAGGUCAAGUUGGCUGCUCAGCUUCCAGGUCCCCAAUUCCAGGCCUCCGGGCACCAACCACCCCCUGUCCUUUCCCACCCUCUGCCCAGAGGAAUCUUCCCUUCUCGCCGUGUAAAGCUUGCUCCUUUCUUCGAUCUCGUCGCCCUUCUCUCUGCAAGAGGAGAUCGGAGGGGGUUAUGGCCGGCGGCUUUCGAGUUCUGCCGCUGCUGAUCCUUUGCUCUCUCUUCCAGGGAAUUCUUGGAGAGGAGCACCAACCCAAUCGCCCUACGGAGAGGAUUUCCGGGAGUGCGGGCGAUGUUCUAGAGGAUGAUCCUGUUGGCAGGUUGAAAGUGUUUGUGUAUGAGCUACCUAGCAAGUACAACAAAAAGAUUCUCCAAAAGGAUCCCAGAUGCCUCAAUCACAUGUUCGCUGCUGAGAUAUACAUGCAUCGUUUUCUGCUCUCAAGCGCUGUCAGAACUUCUAAUCCAGAAGAAGCUGAUUGGUUUUAUACCCCUGUUUAUACGACUUGUGACCUAACUCCUAAUGGACUCCCAUUACCCUUCAAAUCGCCACGGAUGAUGAGAAGUGCAAUAGAGUUGAUAUCCACUACUUGGCCUUACUGGAACAGAACUGAAGGGGCUGACCAUUUCUUUAUUACACCACACGAUUUUGGUGCAUGUUUUCACUACCAGGAAGAAAAAGCUAUUGAACGAGGAAUCUUACACUUGCUUAAGCGUGCCACACUGGUUCAGACCUUUGGGCAACGAAAUCAUGUUUGCUUGAAGGAUGGUUCAAUUGUUAUUCCUCCAUAUGCCCCUCCACAGAAAAUGCAGGCUCAUUUGAUACCUCCUGACACUCCUCGUUCCAUUUUUGUUUAUUUCCGAGGCUUAUUUUAUGAUGUAGGGAACGAUCCAGAGGGUGGAUACUAUGCAAGAGGUGCCCGGGCAUCAGUAUGGGAGAACUUCAAGAACAACCCACUUUUUGACAUCUCUACGGAACAUCCUACCACUUAUUAUGAAGAUAUGCAGCGAGCAGUAUUCUGCUUGUGCCCCUUAGGUUGGGCGCCAUGGAGUCCUCGAUUGGUGGAAGCAGUAGUGUUUGGCUGCAUACCGGUAGUGAUAGCAGAUGAUAUAGUGCUUCCAUUUGCAGACGCUAUACCAUGGGAGGAAAUUGGUGUGUUUGUGGCCGAGGAGGAUGUGCCAAAACUGGACACCAUCCUAACCUCAAUACCGAUAGAGGUAAUUCUGAGAAAACAGCGUCUCCUCGCCAACCCUUCGAUGAAGCAGGCGAUGUUGUUCCCACAACCAGCCCAAUCUCGCGACGCGUUCCAUCAGAUACUGAAUGGACUGGCUCGGAAGCUGCCACACGAGGAAUCUGUUUAUCUUAAAUCAGGUCAGAAAAUUCUGAACUGGACUGCUGGUCCAAAAGGAGACCUGAAGCCUUGGUAGAAAGGCUCAGGCUUUGGCUUUGCUUAAAGGUGCCUCUUUUAUUGCUGUUGUUUCCGCUACAUCUGCAUUAUACUUUGUUGUUCAUACUUUCUUUGAAAGUUACCUUUCUGUUCUUGCCAAGAAA